CCUAUAUCCGGUGUCCGCCCGCCCUCGAUCCCGCCGCUGCCGCGAUGCUGUCCCGCUCCCGCUGCGUGUCCCGGGCGUUCAGCCGCUCGCUUGCUGCCUUUCAGAAGGGGAACUGCCCUCUAGGGAGACGUUCCCUGCCUGGAGUCUCCUUAUGUCAGGGACCCAGUUACCCUGACAGCAGGAAGAUUGUCUUUAACAACAGUAGUGUCGUCAGUGUUCGUUUCUUCCAAACCACGGCUGUGUGCAAGGAUGAUGUGAUUACAGUCCAAACCCCAGCGUUUGCAGAAUCUGUCACAGAGGGAGAUGUCAGGUGGGAGAAAGCUGUUGGAGACACGGUAGCAGAAGAUGAAGUGGUUUGUGAGAUUGAAACUGACAAGACAUCUGUGCAGGUUCCGUCACCAGCACAUGGCGUGAUUGAAGCUCUUUUGGUACCUGAUGGGGGAAAAGUUGAAGGAGGCACUCCUCUUUUCACACUCAGGAAAACUGGUGCUGCUCCUGCUAAGGCCAAGCCAGCCGAAGCCCCCAAACCAGAGCCUGCAGCACCAGCAGGUCCUCCUCCCCCUGCAGCACCUAUACCCACUCAGAUGCCACCGGUGCCCUCACCCUCACAACCUCCUUCCAGCAAACCAGUGUCUGCAAUAAAGCCCACUGCUGCCCCUCCAGUAGCCGAGCCAGGACUUGCCAAAGGUCUGCGUACUGAACAUCGGGAAAAAAUGAACAGGAUGCGGCAGCGCAUCGCUCAGCGUCUGAAGGAGGCCCAGAAUACAUGUGCAAUGCUAACCACUUUCAAUGAAGUUGACAUGAGUAACAUCCAAGAGAUGAGAGCUCGGCACAAAGAUGCUUUCCUGAAGAAACAUAACCUCAAGCUAGGCUUCAUGUCAGCAUUUGUGAAGGCCUCAGCCUUUGCCUUGCAGGAGCAGCCUGUUGUAAAUGCAGUGAUUGAUGAUGCAACCAAAGAGGUGGUGUAUAGGGAUUAUAUUGAUAUCAGUGUUGCGGUGGCCACCCCACGGGGUCUUGUGGUUCCUGUCAUCAGGAAUGUGGAAACCAUGAACUACGCAGAUAUUGAGCGGACCAUCAGUGAACUGGGCGAGAAGGCCCGAAAGAAUGAACUUGCCAUUGAAGAUAUGGAUGGUGGUACUUUCACCAUUAGCAAUGGAGGUGUUUUUGGCUCACUCUUUGGAACUCCCAUUAUCAACCCCCCUCAGUCUGCCAUCCUGGGUAUGCACGCCAUCUUUGACAGGCCGGUGGCUAUAGGAGGCAAGGUGGAGGUGCGGCCUAUGAUGUAUGUAGCCCUGACCUAUGAUCACCGGCUGAUUGAUGGCAGAGAGGCUGUGACUUUCCUCCGCAAAAUCAAAGCAGCAGUAGAGGAUCCCAGAGUCCUCCUUCUGGACCUUUAGAAGGAACCCAUAUGCCCUACCAAUUGAUCAUGCAGGAACUGAAAACCAGUCUUCUCCCUGUCCCCAUGUGAGUCCCAGGUUAGCCUGGUAACAGGCAGGCACAUGCUGUUGGCCUCAAGCAAGGAAGCCAGGGCACUAUGUAACCAGCAGUCACAGGUCUUUCUUGAUGUUUCUAUCAGGCUCUCUCCCUCUCUGUCUCCCUCUCUCACCUUCUAAUAUCUUAAUGUCAUGGGCGUGAGAGUGAGAGCAAGAGAGAGCCUUGAUGGAUACUCAUUAAUGUUCUUGCCUUUCUUCCAGCCCUCUGCAAAGACAAUUGUGUUUCUCCCCAGUGCCAGUGAACUAUAGGGAAACCACCGGGGACCACAUAAUUGAGUUUCUAUCUUUGGAAAGUGUUCUCCAGGGAUGCCUAGAGGGGUGCUGUGCCUCCCAAGCUCAAAGCAGCCUCUGUCCCAGCCGUGCACUCUCUUGAUGCCCCUGCGUUGAGGCACUGAGCACAGGCACAGAGGUGCUGCUUUGCUGCUUCAACGCACCAUCGUUCUCAGCUGUCAGUGACUUCAAGAUGCCUCUUCUACCUCUUCCAGGAAGCACAGGCCAGGAGAUCUUCAAGUAGGGGAGAGUCCAAAGUCCCCUGAGGUGACAUGUUGUCAUCACAGAUGGGAGUAGAGCCCUGGCCUGCCCUCAUACCUUAUCGUAGGUUCACACGAGACUCAUUUUGGCAUAAUUACACACAGCGGUGGUCAUGCCAACCCUCUGUAGGUUGCUAGGAACCAUUCUAGGACAUUUUCAUUUAGAGCGGAUUCUAGUGCAUCAUGGCAGCGGGACAGAGCCUGAUAAGAGGACUGGCUCUGAUUGGCUCAGGGUGAUGAGCUUUUAAAUUUAAGGUGGUCUAAACAUGUGGACUGAGAAGGCCAUUCUCCCUGGGCUGUGGUCUGUGGGGAGUUGUGCCUUUGCUUCAGGACAUAGAUCUAGGGGAGAGGCUCAAGCCUCAAGGGGCCAGUAUUUGGUGUUGAACUAGAGAGGACAUCAGCUGAGGUACUGCCCUUUGAGUCUGGGCACAAUCAUUGGAAUUCUUGAAGCAUGGUAAAAUGUCAGUAACUAGUCCUGAAAGCUGCCAGGCUUCAAGCCCUUGUAUCCACCUGCACUGAGGCCUGAGACUGCUGACACGGGGCCAUUAGUUAGUGCAGAGAGCCCUUUUUAUCUUGAGCCAAGAGAAAAGGCUAGGGGGAGGGGGGAAGGGCCAGUAAUGAGUGCCUGCAGCAUCUGCUACUCUGUCUUCUCCAUUCAGAACUUGUAACUACAAUAUUUAAAGAGACUGAUUUUGAAUGAAAAUUAAAGGGCAAAUAUUCUCAAACGGG